CGAGGUCAAGGGUCAGAAGGCGGAGGCGCGCCCAAGAUGGCGGCCUCCAUGUGCGACGUGUUCUCCUUCUGCGUGGGCGUGUCGGGUCGGGCCCCGGUCGCCGUGGAAGUCCGAUUCGUAAGCAGCGCUAAGGGAAAGGGCCUAUUUGCCACACAGCUGAUCCGGAAAGGGGAGACCAUCUUUGUAGAACAGCCCCUGGUAGCUGCACAGUUUCUCUGGAAUGCACUUUAUCGCUACCGAGCCUGUGACCACUGCCUUCGGGCACUGGAGAAGGCAGAGGAGAAUGCCCAGAGGCUGACUGGGAAACCGGGCCAGGUUCUGCCUCACCCUGAGCUGUGUGCCGUGCGCAAGGACCUCCACCAGCACUGUCCCCACUGCCAGGUGAUGUACUGCAGUGCGGAGUGUCGGCUGGCGGCCGCCGAGCAGUACCAUCAGGUCCUGUGCCCAGGGCCCUCCCAGGACGACCCCCUGCAUCCUCUCAAUAAGCUACAGGAGGCCUGGAGGAGUGUUCACUACCCCCCCGAGACUGCAAGCAUCAUGUUGAUGGCCCGGAUGGUGGCCACAGUGAAGCAGGCUAAGGAUAAAGAUCGUUGGAUCAGGCUCUUUUCCCAGUUCUGUAAUAAAACAGCCAAUGAGGAGGAGGAGAUUGUCCACAAACUCCUGGGGGACAAAUUCAAGGGCCAGCUGGAACUUCUGCGGAGACUCUUCACAGAGGCCCUUUAUGAAGAGGCGCUCAGCCAGUGGUUCACACCAGAUGGAUUCCGGUCUCUCUUUGCUCUUGUUGGGACCAAUGGCCAAGGAAUUGGGACCAGCUCCCUGAGCCAGUGGGUCCAUGCCUGUGACGCUCUGGAGUUGAAGCCUCAGGACCGAGAGCAGCUGGACGCCUUCAUUGACCAGCUGUACAAGGACAUCGAGGCAGCAACUGGAGAGUUUCUUAACUGUGAAGGAUCUGGCCUCUUUGUGCUUCAGAGCUGCUGUAACCACAGCUGUGUCCCCAAUGCAGAGACCUCCUUCCCAGAAAACAACUUCCUUUUGCAUGUCACGGCCUUGGAGGAUAUCAAGCCAGGAGAGGAAAUCUGUAUCAGCUACUUAGACUGCUGUCAGCGGGAGCGCAGCCGCCACAGCCGCCACAAGAUCCUCAGGGAGAACUAUCUGUUUGUCUGUUCCUGCCCCAAAUGCCUGGCAGAGGCUGAUGAACCCAACGUGACCUCGGAGGAGGAGGAGGAUGAAGAGGAGGAAGGAGAGCCAGAGGAUGCAGAGCUGGGGGAUGAGAUGACCGAUGUGUGAUGUCACCCUGCCUGGAAGGGGCCUGCCCCAGACCCUGCAGGAAAAGGGGGACUUCCUCCAGAGAGGAGGCUUGGAAGGAACUCCCCCACUCCCGUUGCCUGCUUCCCCCCCUCCAUUCCAGCUCUGUUUCUGCCAGAGAGUAGUACAGAAGCUGGACCUUAGGCACGCCACCCCCCACUAGACCUCAUGCCCUGGACACUGCUGCUGAGUGGCUCAGGCUCUGCGUGGUCACUGAGCCUCUCAGUGCUGCCCCCUCAAAACACACACACACUGAGGUAUCCACUCCAGUCGGCAAGCAACUCCAACAGAGGUCAGAAACAGUGUUUCUUCCACUUGGCCCCAUGGCCAUGCUUCCCUGUCCACCUGAGGCUUCACCGCUUUCUACCUACUACAGACGGGGGUAACAAGAGAUCGGCCUGACGGCCUGACGGCACUGAAGAAGAAAGGGGAGUGGUGAGAUGCCUUCACCUUCUUCCCCACUCCCACCUUUCUGGCUGCUAAGGCAACUGCCUCCUGCUGGCACAGCUAGGAGAGGCAGGAAGGAGCAACUGGGCCUCCAGAGCACCUAUCCUAAGGCUCUGUGCUGGGGACACUGAACCAGGGGGAUACCUUCCUCUCCCCACCCCCACUAUUUGGACAUCCAAGAGAGUGGAGAGUAUAACCCCUUCCCCAGAUUCCAGAAUCUCUGUACCUUGUGCCUUGCCUCUCAGGCCCUGGCACAGUAGCUGGCCACAUGGGGUGUGUAAGAGGCCUCUGCCUCUCUCAAGAGGGGUAUGUGGGGAGAUCACCCCUUCCUCACACUCCUUUCCCACUGAGGACUC